AUGAAAGAAAAAUGGAAUUAUAUUUUAUAUCUUAUUUGGUUUGCAUAUCUUAUUCUCUCUGCAGUUUUGAUGUUUGGACAUGGUUUCUUGCUAUCCCGAAAAACCCUGAGUGAUGUUACAAAAUGUGUGCCACUGACUGAAAUUGGCUGCGAUGGAUGGGAGAAGGGAAAUUCUACAGAAGUAUGUAAGGAAGAGGACAAAAUUCAUCGGUUGCUGGCAAAUCCCGGGUCAGAAAUCGUGUGCGUGCCGACAAAGUUUAGGGUUGUAUUAGUUUUAGUAGAUGCUUUGCGCUAUGAUUUUACUGAGUAUGAUAAAGGCCUGGAGAAGCCGUUACCUUAUCAGAAUCGGUUGCCUGUGAUGAAGGAGAAUUUAGAUCUUUGGCCGGAGCGCACGCGUCUCUUUCGUUUCAUGGCUGACCCGCCAACCACUACGCUUCAGCGAAUUAAAGCUCUUGUGACCGGUUCUCUGCCGACAUUCGUGGAUGCCAGCUCAAAUUUUGCUGCAAUGGAGUUACAGGAGGACAAUUUAAUUGAUCAGGUAACUAAAGGUGGUGGUAAAGUGGUGUUGCUUGGUGAUGACACAUGGUCCCGUUUGAUGCCUGGUCGUUGGUUGCGGUCACAUGCCAUGUACUCUUUUCACACCUGGGACUUGGACACUGUGGAUAAAGAAGUGGACUCAAAAAUAUACGACGAGCUGAAGAAAGAUGAUUGGGACCUGCUUGUAGCUCAUUACUUGGGUGUGGACCACGCGGGUCACAGGUAUGGUCCAAACCACCCCGAGAUGACAAGGAAACUGGAUGAAACUAAUGUGCGGUUGAAGAGAAUCAUUGACGAUCUGCCUCCAGACGUUCUCCUGUAUGUGGUGGGAGACCACGGCAUGACAGAAACAGACUCACAUGAAGGAAAAGAUUCGGAGGGUGAUCAUGGGGGGGAGAGUAAGGCAGAGCGGACAGCGGCUAUGUUCGCUUAUAGAGGAAGUGGGUUGAGUGGAGACAGUUCUCCGUCCAAUAUUGGAGCUGAGGUCCAACAAACGGAUUUGGCUCCGACGUUGAGUGCGGCUUUAGGCCGACCUCCUCCGGCGCCGUCUCUAGGCAGCCUGCUACUCCCAGUGUUGCCUACAAUGGCUGUAUCGCAUACAUUGCUGCAUAUUACCAAUAACUUGAAACAAAUAAGGCAGUAUUUGGUGCGUUAUGGCGAAGAAUCUCAGCAGAUAUCUCUGGAUAGACUUGCUCAACUUAUAAAUGCUACCAGAGAACAACUUGAUAAGGCGUCAAGCAUUGAAACUGAGGAGCAGUUAGCAAAUUAUGUUGCAGAUGUCAGGGCCUUGAUUGAGAAUGCCCGCGCCGUUUUUAGAGAAGUCUGGGUCGAAUUCGACUCUCUGUCCAUGUUAAGAGCACUUCUGCUGCUUCUUUUAGCUAUAUUUUUCAAUUGGUUAAUAACAGAAGGUCUUCCAAUAGAUCGUGUGCCUUUAGUGUUCGCUAGUACCUUUGUCCCGACGGGAUUCUUAGCGAUGGCUGUGUGUGUAGGUGUGUGCUACAGUGCCUAUUUCUUCGAGCUACUCGAUGAUCUCGAACAUGCCAUAAUUUUGAGUACGGGAUUGAUAUCCGGUGCGAUUUCGUGCACCCUCGUCAUAAUGCACUGGGAUGGCAUAACCCAAAGAUGGUAUGAGGGUCGUUCGUUGUUUUACGAAAGGUUCGCUAGGGCGGCCUUAGUAGCAUCUGCGGCGGUUCUAGUGUCGAACAGUUACAUAAUCGAAGAAGGAGCCGGCCUAUCUUUCUUAUCGCUGUCGGUUUUGGCUUUGAUUGCGUGGAAUGUGGGGACGAUUAAGGUCAUAGCGCUUUGGGCGUGUUGCGGGGUGGCGUUGGCAGUAUCGAGGUCGUAUAGGGGAUGUAGAGAGGAGCAGGGGGAUUGUUGGACAGCAGGGGAGGGUGUGCCGUCAGGGCAGGCGUCGCGAGGAGCGUUAGUUUUGGCGCUGGGUUCGGUGGCCGCCGUCGUGGCAGUGGCGAGACGUCACGUGGGUUGGCGAGGGUACGGCGUGGUGCUAUCUGGGUUGUUCGCUUGCGCACACUGGGCGGUCGGCUGGGGUUCCCUGGGCUCUCCGAGUAGAUCAAGACUGCUAGCUCGCGGAUCAUGGCUGGUUAUUACGACGAUGUUCGCUUUACUCUGGAGAAGGGACGGCCAGGGAGCGGCUCUGCCUCUGACCGUCUGUGGCCUGCUAUUCUACGUGGCAAACGCCCUGGUCCUUGGAGCAUCGUAUGCACCUUCGGCUGCUCUGGCGCUUUUGACUGGAUUUUUGGUCUUGACUAUUGUUUCAACCGAGAAGAACUCGACGAGUACCAAAUUUUCAUUAUCAACGCGGUGUAGUUCUAGCGUGGCAUGCGCAUGGGCACUUCUAGCGUCAUACUUUUUCUACGGGACGGGGCACCAUGCAACGCUAGGUCACGUGCGGUGGGCCCCGGCUUUCCACGCGGGGGACCCCAACUACUUGGCCAUCGGUCCGCCCAUCACUGCCACACUUGUGUCCCUUGAUCUCUUUGGUAUGCCGCUGAUGUUCGGCGCGGCCGUCCCACUGCUGGCCCUGUGGGGCAAGACGGGCGCCUCCAACGUGGGCCCUCGCACACAGCUCGCAGCGGUCUUCUCGCUGUGCCUCAAGUUCGCGCUCUGCUUUGCGAUUAGAGUGUUCGCGUGCGCUAUGUCAGCUACCAUCCACUGCCGUCACCUCAUGAUCUGGGGCGUGUUCACGCCCAAGCUGUUAUUCGAGAGCGGCGCCUGCGCAGCGGCCUUAGCCGGCUGCGUGCUCGGCGCAGCACUAGCCACGUGGCACAUCCCUACCGCCCACCGCUCCAGCUGACCCAAGCGGCUUGGGUAACUACGUCACUAGUGAUAAGGUCCACAAUCCGAUGCCUGUAGACGCAGCGGGCCGAAACAAGUGACAUUCGUGAUAGUUUUAAUUUUGGAAAUGCUUUAGAGAGCGCAGCUAAACACUGGCGGCGUAAGGUGCUAUAUUUUGCAA